CCGCCGCGGCAGCCUCCGGACGGGCGCAGGGCGGAGCGAGGCCGGCCGGCCCCUUCCGCGCCGCUGGCGUUGCCGCCCCCGGGGCUCCGGCGCCCCGAGCCGGGCGGGUUCUCCCCGCAGUUAAGCAGACGCGGUCUCCUAGUGCGAGCAGCGCUUGGUGUCCCAGCUAAUGCCGCCUCUUGUCCGGUGCUGGGCAUGUGCCGCGUCCUGCGUGCAGAAACCUAAGAAGCGUCGAUGAAUAACCCUAUACCUUCCAACCUGAAGUCAGAAGCUAAAAAGGCAGCCAAAAUAUUACGAGAAUUUACAGAAAUAACUUCCAGAAAUGGACCUGAUAAAAUCAUACCUCCUCAUGUGAUAGCAAAAGCCAAAGGCCUUGCAGUUUUGUCCGUUAUCAAAGCUGGAUUUUUGGUGACAGCUCGAGGUGGAAGUGGAAUUGUAUUAGCUCGUCUUCCUAAUGGAACCUGGUCUGCUCCUUCUGCGAUAGGAAUUGCUGGCCUUGGUGGUGGAUUUGAAAUUGGAAUUGAGGUUUCAGACUUAGUGAUAAUAUUGAAUCAUGAAAGAGCAGUAGAAGCUUUUGCCAAAGGAGGGAAUCUUACACUUGGAGGAAAUCUUACUGUGGCAAUUGGACCUCUGGGGAGAAACUUAGAAGGGGAUGUUGCCCUGAGAAGCUCUGCUGCUGUCUAUACAUACUGCAAAUCUCGAGGACUGUUUGCAGGUGUAUCUCUGGAAGGAACAUGUUUAAUUGAAAGGAAAGAAACAAAUCGCAAGUUUUAUGGACAGGAUAUUCGUGCUAGUGCAAUCUUACUUGGUGAUGUGCCUUUUCCUGCUCAAGCAGAAGAUCUUUAUGAAACUCUAGCAUCCUUCACUGAAGUAUAUGAAAAUGAAGAGCAAAAAAAUAAUCCAGGAAAAGCUGUAAGGGAACAAAGACGGGUAAAUGACCCACCUGCUAGGCCAUCAUCAAGACCAGAGCCACCUAAACCUGCUGUUAGACCAACACCACCAGCUAAAAAGAAUACAAACAAACUGUAUCCUGAACUUCCAAAUGAUUAUGCCUCUCUGAGUAACUCUUGGAGUAAUCCAGUAGAAGUCACAGCACUUUAUUCAUUUGAAGGACAACAGCCAGGUGACUUGACUUUCAAAGCUGGAGACAAAAUCACAGUCACAAGCAAAACAGAUUGCCAGUUUGAUUGGUGGGAAGGAAGAAUAGGAGGACAAACUGGCAUCUUUCCAGCCAAUUACGUUGCCAUAAGUAACAACUAAAUUUGUAUAGAAGAUGUUGAAGCAGUAAUAUAUUUACAUUGAAAAAUAUAUUUUAACUUUUCAGAUUUUAAGAUGAGAUUCUUGAUCAAGACUAUUGUAACACAAAAUUAAAAUGCAUUAAAUGAGUUUAAGUUUCCCUUAAACUUAUUUCUUAAAUAAACAGUAGGUGAUAGUUUAUGGUGAGGUUUUAUUUCUGAGCAAGUUCCCGUAUAAAAAGUACUCCAAUUUGUAUCUAGUUUCACUUCUGUCUUGCUUAUAUGGGUUUAUUUUUUACAUGAGGGACAGAUUACAAACAAUUUAAAACUAGACAUACUGAAAAAAUACUGUUUUCUAUUAAAUUAUAAAUUAUGGUCUCUUUCUAUAAUAAAUGCUCUCAGACUUGCUUCAAACCA